AUGUUGGCUGCCGAACAGAGAACUCUACGCGUUCCUGAAUUUGUCACCGGAGGCCUCCGACUAGGAAAUCAAGAAAUCUUCGUCAAUGGGCUCAAGCGUAGAAAUACAAUGCAUUACCAUGGUAUUGAGCAUGCUUUUUGUACCAUAUGCAGAGAAGAAGGACUUUUGGGUCUGUAUAAAGGACUUGGUGCUACAAUGGAGAAGAAACAUUGGCUUAGGUGCUAAAAUAUCACCAACAUCAAUCCCUAAUGUUAGCUUUACCAGCGUCGUGUUUUUGAAGACACUACAAGGAAGAAUUAGGCGUCUACUCGUUCUAAAACGCAGGUCGAGGUCCACGACACCUCGUUCCAAGGCCUUGCGUACCCAUUGGUCGAUAAGAUCGAGACAUAUACGACCGUCUUGACUGUUUAGUGAGAGUUUGUUUAUGGGUUUGCUACCCCAAAGUGUUUUGUCAACGAAGUCCCUGAAGCUCUGGUGAGUUUCUUGUUUCCUCUCUCUUUUACCCUCGUCGGGAUAAACAACAUCUGAGUCAUCUAAAUCGAGACGGUGUUGAGAUGCAAAAGAGAUGAUUCAUCAAUGGAAACAGAUCCCUCCACCUUUUGGAGAGAAGAGACGUUGAAGCAGCUCGUUUAGUGGGAAGAAAAGACAAGAUCUUUGCAAGUAUCCCAUCCGGAAGAGAGAUGAAUGCAUCUCCAGAGCCAGAUUCCACGUUUUUGGUAUCCCUCAGACACAUAGAUCCAAUUGCCCUAGCAGUCAAAAUCAGCUAGAAACCAAACAGUAUAUAUGCAUAUAGGUUUUGUUUCCACUUUAAAAAGAAGAAUACCAG